AUGCCUCCUGGACGCCCUGCCAGACGACUCGUCUCGAACGAGAACGAUGAGAACAGCAGUUCCACGCGUAUGACGCGUGCAAAGGCCGCCGCACUCGACGUCGAUGUUCUGACCGUGCCGACCAAGCAACAGCCCCUCCAGUCCAAGAAGUCCGCAGUCAAUGCCACUGCCGCCAAUGCCCAGAGGAAACGCGCCGCGUUGGGGGAUGUCACCAACGCUGGCAAGGUGGAGGUUGUCGAGGGCAAGAAGCCGCUUGCCACAAAGACUGGUCUUGUCUCCAAGGCUGCCCAGCCCAACGGCGUCCACAAGACCACUACCCGUGCCACGUCGACGCGGACGGUCCUUGGUAGCAAGGACGCGAAGAAGCCCGCCGAGGUCAAGCGUGCCGGCUCGGGAUCUGGUGCCCUCGCCCCCUCGUCUACCAAGAGAAAGGUCGCCACAACCACAAUCAAGCAUGACCUGAUCGCAGAGGGUGAGCCGGCCCGCAAGAAGGUCCACAAGCUGGACGAGGACGAGAACGUUUUCCCAACCAAUGCCAAGACCACCAAGGCCGAAGAGCCAAAGGCCGAAACCUUUGACGAGGAGCCCGCGAAGCCUGUAUACCCCGAGGGCGUCAAGGAUUUGGACAGCGAGGAUCUGGAUGAUCCCUUGAUGGCCGCCGAGUAUGCCACCGAGAUCUUUGAGUACCUGCGGGACCUGGAGUGCUCAUCGGUCCCCAACCCCGAGUACAUGAACCACCAAGACGACCUGGAGUGGAAGACACGAGGCAUCCUGAUUGACUGGUUGAUCGAGGUCCACACUCGCUUCCACCUCCUGCCCGAGACUCUCUUCCUUGCCAUCAACAUCAUCGACCGCUUCCUUUCGGAGAAGGUGGUGCAACUCGACCGCCUGCAGCUGGUUGGCAUCACUGCCAUGUUCAUCGCCUCCAAGUACGAAGAAGUCCUGUCGCCCCAUGUUGCCAACUUUGUCCACGUUGCCGAUGAUGGCUUCUCGGAGGCUGAGAUCCUGAGCGCCGAGCGUUUCGUCCUCUCCACUCUGGACUUCAACCUCAGCUACCCCAACCCCAUGAACUUCCUGCGUCGCAUCUCCAAGGCCGACAACUACGACAUUCAGUCGCGUACCAUUGGCAAGUAUCUCAUGGAAAUCAGCCUUGUCGAUCACCGCUUCAUGGCCUACCGUUCGAGUCACAUUGCCGCUGCCGCUAUGUACCUGUCGCGCAUGAUCUUGGAUCGUGGUCCAUGGGACGAGACUCUGGCAUACUAUGCUGGCUACACUGAGGAGGAGAUCGAGCCUGUCUUCCUGUUGAUGGUUGACUACCUCGCUCGUCCUGUAAUCCAUGAGGCUUUCUACAAGAAGUAUGCUAGCAAGAAGUUCUUGAAGGCAUCUCUUCUCACACGGCAGUGGGCCAAGCGAAAUGCUCCCGAGUUUGGUAUCACCGAUACCAAGCUCUCCCUCGACGACAUCUCAGCAUGA